AUGUAUUUGGAUAAGAAUUUCCAUAAUCCACCGGGGUUCCUUGCAGCAGGUACGUUUAGGACAAACAACAGCUCGUUGUGCGCAGAGAGGGGCCGCGGGCCUCCUGCUGGAUCUCAGCUGAGGCGUUUACACUUUAAAUAAAGAUCCUCUUAUUUCCAUAACCGCAGGAAGGAGGCCAAUCUCGCCAUGUUAAUGCGUCCAAACUGUGUGCAAAUCAACUCCAUUACAAUUCAGAUUAGAUCUACAGGAGGACAAUUAGCAGAGGGACUGUUAUCAGGAGCGCGAGCGCAGGGGGCUGCGAGCCGAGCGACACACACACACACACACACACACACACACACACACACACACACACACACACACACACACACACAGGUGGCGAUAAAGACUGAAUUAUUUUUUUAUUUAGAUUUUUGGAAAAUACUUUUUUGGUUGAUGAAUGUAAAUAAACGGUAGCCUAUGGCCCAUGUUUACCUCUUGACACAGAGGAACAGUCACGAGGGUUUUUCAUUUUUAUAUUCUUUGGUCAUUUGAUUUCUUACAUGUAGGCUACUUCAGGCCCUUAUUAAGAUUAAUUAUUCGUUUAAAAAACUAAAAAGAUUGCAGAUUUUAUAGAAAAACUCAAAACAUGAGCACUAAAAUGCAGGUACAGGUGCAUGUCUUGAUUGUUGUCUUAAAUCAAAGCACCGAUAUAAAUAAAGUUUUAUGAGCAGAAUGAAUAAAAUAAAGUAAAAUAAACAUGCAGGCAGAGGGUCGUAUCAUCUCACCUUCUCGAGUUUCUUUUUCCCAAAAAUCCCGUUAAAUGUCAAACCACCGAGAUCCAGAGUUCACAAAUAUCCACAUGGAGGAAAAGUUUGAAGGUUUUUUUUUAAAUCAGAUAAGCAAAUGUCGCAGCUCCGCGUGCACAUUAGCUCUGUCUCAGGCCGGGAAAAUUAACAUUUCAACAGAGAAAAUGUUCAAAUAGUUCAUAUAUCGGCUUCGUCUCUCCGCGCGGACUGCUCUCCUGCCGGUGUUGACGGACGGAGAUUGAUGCUCGUCUCCGAGGCUCGCGCAUCUAUGAGUCAAUGAAGCACGCGGGUCUGCCUCCUUCGAGCCAAUCACAACGCCCCGCAGCUUUAUCAGCGAUGCAAACAACCAAUCGGGCUGCGAGCUCGGCGCCAAAACAUCCACCCCUCUGGAAAGGAACGCGCACCACGUGACAGGAUUGGAACGUCCGUGUCAGAAAAGUUAGAGUGGAGCCGUUACGACGAAAAUGUUUCAUUUUGGCGCAAAAAUAAUCGACCUCAACAGCAACACGAACGAUUAAUUUGACGUUUAAUCGCGUGUUUAAGAGUGUAUGUGUUUACAAAAGCCUGAGGGAAACCAAAAGAGAGAAAAAAUUAGAACUUCUGGAAAUUUAGGAAGAAAAUAAGACAAAUGUGAGGUUUUUAUACUCUUUUAUGUUAGCAUAAAAAAUGUUAGCAUGACAUUAAGUUAGGGCUAAAAUUAGUUUUUUGCUCAACCAAAGGCUAUUUAAAGGCCUCAGAUAUUUUUUUUCAAAUGAGCAAAUGUUUCUAUCACCAAACAGGGAGGUAUUAAUUCUCCUACAUGACACUGUAACCACAACCAGCUGUUUUGAGUCUGUUAGAAAAAAAUGGAUUUAAAAAAAACCCUGGCAGCAAAAAGCUGUAACACAGGCUGAAACACGUGCAACAGCUGCUGUCGGAGCAUUUUCAACUUAAAUAACCAUUCAAUGACAAAGUCAUUUUUAAAAAACUGAAUAAUCAAAUAAAUGUAUGCUGUCCUAAAGUUGUACUGAAAUGGGCAACUCUGUUUGUCAAAGCUAUUUAGGUAGCCAAAUUAAAAAAACUCAUAAAACUAAAGCGAGUUUAUAUGUUCGUUAAGAACAUCAGCACAUGCAAAGUGUAAACAAAGAACAUGUGGAUUAAAAAAACUAGACAGCAACAACUGAAUGUUAAUUUUGUUAAUUCAAAAUCUGAAAUUAAACUAAAACAUUGAAACUUUCACUGUAAAAAAAAGUAAUAAAUGGUGAAAAAUAGAAAGAAAUUAACAUGAACAUUUCCUUUUCUUUUGUAGUGACUAGAAGCCUAACUAAAGACAAGAGUUAGAAACUAACAAUAAUCUAUUUAAGCAAAAAAUAUCAUUCAACCCAGGCAGAGGUCAAACUAUGUAAUGUGCACUCAACAUAUAAAACCUAUACUGUGUAUGUGUGUGUACAGGAAAAUGAUAAUGAACCUGUUUGAGUGUGUUUGUUGUUUUCAUCUGUGUGUGUGUGUGUGUGUGUGUGUGUGUGUGUGUGUGUGUGUGUGUGUGUGUGUCCUCAGAAAUAUGACGUGGCCUCUGGUGUUAAAUCUAGCGACUGAUCACAAGUAUCAAGAUAUCAAAUGGACGCUGUCAUUGUUGUUGUGAGGGGUUUUGCUUCUAAUCCCAAACUGCAGCAGUAUUUUCUUAAUGCUAAGCCCAUAAAUCCAGGGAUCAGGCCGCCUAAAGAGCUGUGUGUGUGUGUGUGUGUGUGUGUGUGUGUGUGUGUGUGUGUGUGUGUGUGUGUGUGUGUGUGUGUUUGUGUGGUAGUGGGGGUUAAGUUUGGAGAGUCUUCUUUCCCCUCUGUGUUGUCGGCAGUUAUUAAAAGCAUGAUGCAUAAAAUCUCAGGUUGUCAGAAGAGGCAGGAGGCUCCGGCCAGCCUGCUGCACACUUAAUGAAAACACACACACACACUCACACACAGACACUCUAAGAUCCUGGCUUGCAGACACAGAGCGGGGCAGAAAAACCUUUUAAACCAGCUGACAGCAGUGACUUUGGAGCAGGCUGGAGGAAAAGUACAGCUCAGCAGACAGGUGAGGAGGGACGAGGAGAAACUACACACACCUCCAACGUCUGAGAAACUCUGAUUCAGAUCCACCGGGGAAGGUUUCGCUCCACUCAGGUAAGAAAUCUUUGUUGAUUUUAAGCCUUUGUGGUUCAGUUUAUUUCUGUCUCAAAAGUGAAAGAAAAACUCGGUGCAACUGAGGUGAAGUUCAGGCCAAAUUAACAUAAACAGAAACUAAUCUCCCUUAGGGUUUUGUAAUGUGAUAAUCUGCAGAAAAAAAAAUGCAGAUUGAAAUACUUAUAAAUAUUUUCAAAAGUUUAGAUCUUUAGCAGCCUGCAGCUAAUAAUCUGAUCAGGUGUGUAAACAAAUUAAAUCUGUUUUUCAAAAGAUAUUUAAAAAAAACAAUGAAAGAGUGGAAACGUUUACUCUGCAUACCAACAGUGUGUGUAAAGGUGAUAGAGUACAUUAAGGUCUAAGGUUUUAAGGCUGAAAAAGACUUUUUUUUCUGUUAUGUAAUGCAAGGAAAUUAUAAUAAUGAAAAAAUAAAAAACACAAAUAUGUCAUAUUACAGGGAAAAACAACCCAAACACUAUUUUAAAAUUUAGUCAAAUUUAAUAUUUAAUCAUUUAACCAGAAAAAAAAAACUGAAGGCGAAGCAAUCUGAAUCAGUUUGAAUUUGUUUUUUGAUUUAGUUUUUUUGCGUGACAAUAAAUUUAGAAGUAAAACAUGGUACAGAAAGGAUGUUGGGAAAGGAAGACCAAACAUUCAGAGUUGUUCAGAAUGUUGACCCUAACAACCUCCAGUAUAUAGGCAUUAAAGGCCCCAUAUAUGUAAAGAUAUUUUAGUUACACAGGGGUUUAUUUUUUCUAAUUUUUUGCUAAUAAGCAAAGACUGAAGUACCACAAAGUUUGGUUUAAAAACUUGUCCGAAUAACUUUUUGAAUUUCACUUACCAGCUGAUUUUUAAGACAAGGAAAUUGAGUAAAAUAAGUACAAAAAAACUCUCCCUCCUUGUCGCACCAAAGUCGAGGCUCAAAUCUAGAGAUCCAGCUUUUCUCAUCAGGAACCCUCAACUUUGGAACACCCCCCAUCUUUUAAAUCAGGUCUUAAAACGCACUUUUGCAGAUGUGCUUCCAUGUGAUUUCACUUUCCAUUCAAUUCAACAUCAUUAAUUAUUAAUUAAUCAAAAAACAUGUUUAAACUAUUUGUUCCCAAGUCCUCGGUCCCCUCAUUUCACUGUCUUUCAUCAAUGCCCUGUAUUUAUUUACUUAUUUAUCUGUAUAUCUAUUUUCAUCUCACUGCCCCACAUCUUUUAAUCUGUUUUUAUUUUCUCCAAAUUUCGUGUAAUUUUUUUUCUUUUCUUGAAUCCCUUUAUUGUCUUUUAAUGCUUCUAUUUUCUUAAAAAAGUCAAUCUGCUUCAUCACUUUUAUUCUGCUUAUUUGCAUUUUCAAUCUUCUUGACUUUGGCAUUAUAAUUUAUCACACAUUAAUGAAAUUGGCCAAAAAUGUCAGAAUAAUGUUUAAUCUCAAAGGGAGGGCAUUCAGAAGAAAUUUUUUAAGGAUAUUAGUUCCAGAUAUUUAUGGGACAAAAACUGAAGCUGCUUCUCCAUGUUUGGUUUCGGCUCUAGGGACAGAGAGCAGACUUGUCCCAAACCUCAUGGCUCAUGUAGUAUGAGAAAAUAUCUCUUGUAUUUUUAACUCUAAACCUUAGCUGCUUUAUGAACCAGUAGUAUUUUUUUUAACUCUAUUCUCUGACAAACAGGGGACCUGUGUAAAGACCUGAGAACUGGAGUGAUCCACUUUCUCAGUCAAGCAGCAUUCAGGAUCAGCUGCAGUUGUCUGAAUGAUUUUUUUAAGCAGACCUGCAAAGACUCUGUUCCAGUAGUCGUAUCUUGAACCAGGUCCUGCAGGGACAAAAGUUUGCAUUCUUCUGGUGAUAGUAGGUUGACUUUGUAAAUGUCAGUUUUUAAAAUUCAAGUCUGACUGUAUGGAUGGACUUUGAUGUCUGACCUGACCUGUGAUUUUCAAAUGUUAUGGUUAGAGCUGCUUCCUGAUGCUUUAUGGCUUGUUCAGAGGAGGGUGGUAUAAUUGAAAACAGAAAGGACUGUCUAUUGCAAUUAAAAAAAAAAACAUAUGUUGACACAACAGAAGAUUCAAUUCCUUUCAGACCUUUUUUGAUGUUUAUGAAAUAUACCUGACCAUAUUAAUGUCUUUUUAUGACCUCCAAAAGCAAACAAUACCAUCAGUGACAAGACUGACCGAUUUUAUAUCAUAACUUUUAAUACCUGAUACCGGAGUCGGGGGGCAGGUAUCAGCCAAGCAACAAUCUAGACUUACAUUAUUCACAGAAAUGAUACAUUUGACUGUCAAAAGUCAGCAGGGUGAGGUUUAAGUCAUUAUUCAAGUGUGCAGAGGACAGGAUGAGCAAAGACUGCAUUCUCCCCAGGGGGCACCAAAACUGACUCAAACUGAAAGUUCUUCACAGGAGCUUUAAUGCAGCGCACAAACAAGCAUGUUUUUGUUUGAUUUGCUAUCAGGUACAAAUGAACAAAGAGUGGUCUCUGAAAACAGGUUUUCAAGGUGACUGAUUAGGGUAAUGUUUAAAACUUUUUACAGGACAUGCAAAAAAAUUUCCAGACCUGUAAGGCAGGCAUGUCCAGUGACUUUAAUGUUGUCUAAGCGUGCACUGAUUGUGCUCUUGACUGACACUUGUCCAUGUGGAUAUGCUUGUUUUUCUCAAGAAGAGCAAGCAUACAGAAAAGUGGACACCAUGAGUCUGAAAUACUUUUUCAGUUCUUUCCUUAAAGAAACUCCACAUGAAUUAAUUCCAGUCUUACUUACUUUGACUGUAUGUCAACAGAGAUUUCUAGCCCAGUCUGUAUGUUUUUAUUCAUCAUGUGUAAUCAUUUGUACACAACUUUAAGUUAUCUAUAUGAUGUGGACCAUUAUGUCCAGAAUGUUUCUGUGACAUGAAGAAGAUUUAGGAUAAAAACACACAUGCUGCAGGAUAGGGGUUGGACAAAGUCAUAAGCAGCAAAAUACCAGAACAGCGUUUAUAGAUUUUUUUUUUCAGUUGCAAUGAUCCACAAAUAUUACUAUUGAAGAGUUUUUGAAGCACAUACGUGACGCAAGAAAGUUGCGCUUUGUCUCUAGGGGCACCAAGACAUUGCAACCCAAAAAUUUCUUAUAGGAGCUUAAGGGUGAACUUACACUACUUAUCAGUACCCCAGGAGAAGAAUGCCAAAAAACUAUGAUGGGAUGAAUCAGUUAUUUGGUCAACUUUCCAAACUUUUGUUAAUGGAAAUGCGAAUAACUGCGGAAGUACUGAAUCAGAUCUGAAGGUCGAAAAACACCAUCACAGCCUCACCUGUCUGACUUCAAUUUAUAGGCUUAGAUUUAGAAAUAUAUUAAGUUAAACUGUUACAGUAAUGUUUUUGAUCAAAGUAAACUCUCAACAUGCGUAUGAUUUUCAAAGAAGUAGCUGUUAAAGUAGUUUGUGUCUUUGAUUUUGGUGACAAAACAGUUCAAGACAGUUUUAAUUUGCACUAAAAAUUGAAAUUUAUCAUGAUUCAGUUCUGGUCCAAAUGAUCUCUCAGGUAACUGGAAACAUUUGGGAUUUAGUCCCUGUUCCUGUGGUGUGUUUUAGAGUAAGUGAUUGGUGUGAAACUCUUUGUCGGCCGCCAUGUUUUAACAGUGUUGUUUUGAAAAACUCGUCAGCUGUAAGAGUCGAUUUGACUGACACACUGUCGACACCUGAGGAGAGACAGGAAAUGAGAAAAAGCACUCAUCAUUCAGAGUCAAGUACAGUACACACAGCCUAGUCCUAACAAGAAGCAGUAUGUAGCUGUCAAUCACAGAGUCAAGUCCCGCCCCCCUCAUUAAGAAGGCAAACAGUGAGGAAGAAGAGGGGAGGGAGAAAUCAGACACCAAACCAACUGACCCCAUCCACUACCCAUCAGCCCUCAACAAGACAGAGAGAGGGAGAGAGAGAAAGAGAGAGAAAGAGAGAGAGUGUAUGUGUGGGGGAGGAGGAGGAGAGUAGGUAACUUCCAAUCCUUUUAGGAUUAUGCCCCCCCUCCCCUCCUUUCUGGCUCUGUUCCUCACUCUUUCACUUGGUUGCCCCUCGGGCAAUCACGUUAAAACUUGCACGGCCGACGCUCAUUCAGAUUUCUCCAACAAUGCGAACAGCGGUAACCAUGUGAGCACUGGCAGGAAUGCACACACUCUGCUCCCUGACACCCCCUGCACUGACAGGGAGAAGAAAAUAUCAAAGGGGAUAAAGCAUUUCCCAGAUGUCUUAAAGCAAAAUGGCUGCUCAUAAAAAGACGAUUAGCAAAGACAUCCUUUAGAGACGUGAAGAACUAGAAAAUGAUUCAAAGAAGUCAUAUUUCAAGAUGCUCCUACAAAAGUCUUCUUGUACUGUUUUCUUUUGAGGUUUAGUUUAACAGGUGAAACCCAGUGCAGAUUUACCUUGAAAAGGUAUUUUCUAAAUGUCUAAGUCCCUGAUGAACAGAUGUUUAAAAUUACUUCAUGCUGUGCUCAAAAAAAAAAAAAAAAACACCAAAAAACUAGUUCGCAUGUGUAUUUAUCUGGAUCUCUGUGGGGUUCCACAAGGCUUCAUUUUAGGACUACUAUUGUUUAGUUACAUCAAUGAUCUUGAUUAAUAAUCAAGAUCAUAAUGAUUAUUUGCAGAAGACACGAUUUUAUGAAUGAAGUCAACAAUGGCCUCCCAUAGUCUAAACAGUUUCAAAAGGGAAAAAAAGUCAUUAAAUGUGAAACACAAAACAAAACAAAACAAAGCUUUAUGAAAUUAGCAGGGAAAAUGAAACUUAAUUUAAAUUUGGCUAAAAGUGGCGUAGGCGUGUGUCAGGCCUUGUGCUGAGCAUAUACAAAAAAAUAUUUGGGACUCCAGGACACUCUUCAAACCAGAAUAGAAACUCUACUAGACUCCAUACUUUUAAGCGGGCUCUGAACUGAGAUUAUUUACAGAUUCUGUUUACACUGCAACCUCUUACAUAAAAGCCAUCCCAACACCAAGUGUGGCAUUAGAUGGGUUUCAUGAUAAAUGUUUUACCUGUUUUUCUUCAAAUCCCGCCUGUAACUGUCUCCUUAAUAUCACACAAAUGUUGAUGGAAAGGAGAUCAAAUUCAAACCAGGAUUUGUUGUAGUGUGUUCUACUUGAUGCAGAAAGAAUAGCUUUCUUUGCUGCAGCUCUCACUUUGGAUAAGUCUCAGGUGAAUGUGUUAAAUAUGUAGGUAUACCUCCCAAACAGCUCCUGAUCCUGUUCAGAUCAGCCGUGGAGCAGAGGGCAGAAAGGAGCACUCCCUUCUGCCCCUCAGUGUGUACGACAGAGGGGAAUUUCCAUCGUUUCUUAUCUCCAGGUGCAGUCAACUCAUGGCUCUAAGAGUUUGCUCCAUCAUCAGAGCCAGCUGUUUGAUAGGAUUCUGGCUCUGCAGCUAAUCAAUCUGCAGCACCGAGCUGCCAGAAGACCAGUAACAAAGCUCAAAGAGCCCCACAAAUGGCCCGGUCCCGGGGAUAAGCCCCUGCACAGGAUUACAUAUUGAUUUUGAACGUCUAAAAAAGCUUAUCAUAUAAAACUGCGAUGCGCUACAAAGGUGGCCGGGCCUAUGCAUGAAUCUGUCUUUCAGAGAGGAGCAUCAACUUUCAAAUACAGAGACCCCGAGUGUGGACCAAAACAGGAAUAAAUGGAGGCGGAAUCGAUGGCAGGAUGAGGUGUGCUGGCACAUUGUUAACUCAGGAAUCACAAGCUGACCUCGUGUCUCUGAGGAGGGGGGAUGGGUUGAUGUUUACCCUUAAAAUUCCUUCUAGCGAGGCUGAUUCUGUAAAUGAAGAGACGAGGAGACAUAUAUUUUGUUUAAUUGAAUUUUAUGGAAGUUUUUUUUUUCUUGUUUUUUUUUUUUUUGCUUGAUUUUUAUUUUUUUUGGUUGCUGGUCUUGUGUGGUUAGCGCAAGCCAGGUCUCUUUCAUGGCAAGACUAAAAAGUUCAAUAGUGGAGCGAAAUAACUCAAAAAAGUCUGUCAUGAUACCCCCACUCCCAAACUUAAAUCCAGUUACUAGAUUUCUCUUGACUACAAACAAAUCCUUUAUUUUGGAUUAUUAGCCAAUAGCUGUGUUGACCUUGGCACUGAUAUGACAGCGAGAUGCUCUAUUGUUUCACAAAUUUUAGACAGAGUUUCUUCUCGCUGCUGUCAGAUUUCUGGCUCCUCAUUGGCCCCAGAGGAGUAGAAACCUGUAACACAUUCUUGGCAGGUCACUGAGGCUCAAACCGAAUAUCAGGUCCUCAUAUAUACUUUUCAUUGACUUUUUGUUUUAGAUGACCCCGCAUACAUCUGGUGCCUGUCCGUAUCAGAUACCCUACAACAGUAAAAAAAAAUGUGAUUGACCCUGUCUAUUUUUGAACAACAUAAAAAAUCACCAAUGAUUUUUGUCUGAAAAGGUCAUCCAUAAAUACUUUAUUCAGGGUCUGCUUGUUUGCCUUGAACAACGGGUGUAAAAGUAAUUUAGCCCUUUAAUUCUGUUAUAUGGAGUACCUCAAGGCUCCGCUCUAGAGCCUCUGCCUUUCUCUCUGUGGUUGACUUUUGGUGUACAAGAAGAGAAACUUCAGCAAAUAUGUUAGUAGCCCUUUCUUCUUCCUUAUGAAACAGGUGCAUUUAAACCUGUGUUUUUAGCAAACCUUUAUCGGCAAUAUUAACAUUUGACAAAAUUCUCUGGGUGCUGAGAAUGCUGGUUAUACUACCAGUGUACUUAUGUUUGCAGUCUAAGGCCAUCUGGUUUCCCCCUCUUUUUUUACCAAUACAGACACUUUCUGCUUGAUGUUUUUUUUCCCCCUACUGCAGAAGCAGAAGCAGAAGCAGGAGGUAAUAGAAAGGCCCACCUUUGUCUUAAAGGUCCCAUAUUAUGCAAAAUUCACUUUAGAAUGUUUUUCUAACAAUAAUAUGCAUCCCCAGCCUGCCUACAAACCCUUAAAAUGAGAAAAUUCUAUCCUCUCCCUCUCUUGCUUGUUCCACCUUUCAGAAAAUAUCUGCUCGAACGAGCGGAUUGAAACUAUCGCCUUCCAUGACGUCAUAGACAGCAAUAACUCCUCCCCUCGAGGUUUGUGACCCUGCCCAAUAUGUUUUUUCUGCCCCCCAAAAAUAUCCACUCCGACACUGUUUUUCUCCCUUGCAUAUGCUGGUUCAAAAUGGCGACUGUACGAGCAAGGCACUGCAGUUGCUCCGUUGUUGGCUGCACAAAACAGCUCAGAAAUCUGUUUCCGUAGACUGCAAGAACAUAGUCACGAGAGAUAAAUAUCUUAUAAUAUUGCCCAUUCACCAAAAGAGCUCCAAGAAACGAGAAGACAGCGGAGAUUUAAAUGUUAGCAGGAGCUCAUGUUACCUAGCUUUGUAACUAACCAUUCAGAAACAUCCUGCUGCAGCCAGUGAGUUGGAAUUUCUUCAAGAGCCUCUCCUUCUGGGUCAGACUCUGGAUCAAACUGGUACGGCUGGACCACAGCGCUUCUACGAACCAUACCUAGCACUCUGUGUAAACAUUAGUGCAUGGUACCAUAGCGCAAGCCACUUUCUUCCAGAGAGAGAAACUUAAAAUUGACUGUUCUGGGACCUCUGAGACCUAUGUGAACCUGCUGAAAAGGAGUAAAAUAUGGGACCUUUAAAUGUUGGUUGGUUUCUGAAUAUGCAGUAUUUGUUUUCUGGACUUGCUUGCUGUAUAUCAAGAUAGAUCAAGGGCUUGUUCUGCCUUCCAACUUCUUGAUAGCACUGACUGGUUGCUUUGUUUUUCCAGCAGCAGGCUGACGUCUUUAACUUCUUGCUCUCCUUUUCUCUUCUGACAGACUGAAUGUUAACAGGUAAAAGGCAAAGCAAUCCCAUCUCUCCAAAACCUCCAGGCUGUCAGGAAACCUCUAUCAGGAGAAGUUCUCGUACCCUCCCAUCACACUCACAGAUGUCACCCUAAAACAAACACUGACGAGGAAACAAAAGCUGCGUGUCCUUGAUUCAAGAGGCAGCGCUUACCUCCAUCAAUAAUCCGCACUUAAUAAUCAGGAGAUUAGCUGAUAUCAGGUGUGCAGAUGACUGGUGGCAGAAAAUAGAGUCCCCUAAAGCAAAGUGCAUCCCCCUCCUUCCUCCAAACAUAAAACUAAUUAGAAUUGAUUUAUUAUGGAUCAGGUACCUUAUCAGGUGAGAGAGCGAAUUACCAUGCUGAGCCAAAGGGCUGUGGCAGGUCGCUGCUGAAUGGUAAAAUCAAUCCCAGCUGACUGCGUCGCAUCUCAACGAGAGCACCACAAAAAAACAGAUUCUUUGAAGACACUGAAAACAGAAAUACAGAUUAGCCGUUAGACUGUGAUAGAGGCAAUCAGUUAGUCUUUGUUGAUGCGGUAUCAAAUACUCAUAUUGUUAUAGUUGCUGCAGACAUGUUCAGCUUCACCAUACUACUCAUGAUUCAAACCCUAAACCAAACUUUAUCAUGGGUGUAAGUGGCUGCCUUUGCUGUAGCAAUAAUAUACCUGUUUCUCUGCGUGCAAUGACAGAGACUCACAGACCAAAGAAGAGAGGAGGGAAACUUCAGAGCCAGCUAAGGACCAGGAGAGACCCCAAGUUACCUGGUGGUGCAGGUGUGUAAACUGUAAGCCCUUCAACCAGGUGUCUCCUGCUAUCAGGACUGGGACUUAGUAACAAUAAGACCUCAGGACCUUUCUGAAUCAGAGGAUACUUGUAGCUCACAUACAGCUACAGUCUGUGUCACGCACCAUCCAUAGUCCCCUGAUUUACCACUGACUGCCCUGCAGCCCAGUGAUGUGUCGGUCAUGAUCGACUUGGCAGUCGGCACUGUUGCUGUUUGAGAUGGUUCUAGCUGAGCCAAAUGAUCUGGAUCGCUUAAAAAACCUGAAUUCCCCCCAAUAUGAGCACCAAUGUUGUUCACCUGAGAAAAGAGAAGGAUUCAAACCUGCUCUUACAUGAUAAGAUGGAUCAUUAUUGUAUCAUUUUUUAGUCCUGUUUUUAAAAAUUUUGCACAGUGGUUAUUUCUUCCAUGUGUUCAAUUGAGGGGCUGCAUAGACGUGUUUUAGGUCAUACAACUGCAUCGUAGAUUCUGCCCAAGUGUGUAACUUCUAUCGCCCCCUGGAGGAUUUCUGCAUUAUUACAGCGAUACGGCCAGCACCUCAAUAUGACAUAUGGCCCUGUGUAACCCGUACACAGAGUAAUACUCAUUACUCAUCGCAUACUGCUCUUCACGGUUCAUGGACUGUAACUGUCAACACAACGUGUAAGCCACUAAAGUUACUCGUCACAGCACACAGACUCUCCGCAGUAGGUUACACACAGCAACACGGGCUAAACACACUUUUUAACUUACUGCUCGUUAGGCUAAUGUUGGACAAUGUGGCGAACACCAGGCUGCUAACAAUACAUUACAUUCAUAGCACCAUUUUCUAAGAAAAUAAUAAUAAAAUACUCGGUCCAGUACAUGUAACAGCAACAUAUCCUGCUCAUAAUAAACAGCGUCACUUACUUAUCCAGCAGUAUCAGGGCAACAUCGGUGUCGAACCUCAGUCCAAUCUCCUCCUUCAGGGCUCUCCAUCGAGAAAAAGUGACGCCAAUGCAAUUCCAUGAUAGUCUUCUUCGUUUGUCACUCUCUGUCUUUGCCAAAAGACCUUCUGCUGAAUGGGAAAGAUUUUUCUUUUUAGUGGGAUCCACUUCUGAACCUCUUGGUUGCUUCUCUAGGUCCUCUGCCAUGUUGCUACUAGAAGCGCGUCAUUUCCUGUGCCUCGGUGUGGGAAUGUCACCAAAGACACCAAAUACAAAAAGAACAAAUCCUGAAAUAUACUGUGAGUUGUUAGAGGAGCCGAACGGCUUAAUCAGUGUUGUUUCAUCUCCUCUUGUAGUGGCUUGGGUGAGACAGAUAUUUACAGACACGUAGAAGUUACGCACUAUAGCUUUAAUAAUCAGAAGAAUUAAUAAACAAAUCACCCUCUUGUUUGCUGUCCUCUGUUAAAACCCACAACUUGUUCUUCUUCCUCCUCUGUUUUCUUCCUCACCCUCUUGUUUGGUGUCAAUUCAGCAGCUCAUCGAAGCCUCUUCAGCCCCAGCUCCUUUUCUCUCCCUGGGCAACUUCAAAAACUUCAUCAAUAUGUUAAUGACUUAAUCUUUAAACACUUAAAGAAACCAUUAAUAAACAUUGAUUUGAACACUUGCCACCAGUGACUCACAUUAAUCCAGUGCAAAUAGCUGAUACACAAACUGCAGCAGAGGGCAAUUUGUGGAGGAUUACAGAUGGAAAAUGGAGGAGGGAGAAAUUGAUCACGCUUUCAGUGUCGGGGCUGAAACGAGGCUGAUUCAAGCUGUUGAAUGAUGAGUCAACCUCUUCUCUAUUCUUUAGGUCAACAAGCUUUCAAAGGGGAAAAUACCCUGAAAAAUAGAAAUUAUAUCAUUUAAGAAACCAUUACCAACAUUUGAUUCACAAUGAGGCCACCCACAGUCAGUUUGGUUUAGCUUCACAAGGUACAUUCAACAGAAAAGCAAUUAUAAAACUCAACCCCUGUGAUGGACACAGACAUGAAAGGGUCUACAGGUUACAAGGUGCUUUUUCCCCUUAUUUCCACAAAAGUUGGUAUGCUGUGUAAAAUGUUGACAACAGCUAAUUUGAUGGUUUGAAAAUAAUUUAAAACCCUUUUUCAUUAAAAUCAGAGCAAAGACACUAGAUGUUGAAACUGAAAAGUAUUUUUUCUUAUAAAAAAUCUCUAUAUCUUUUUAAAUGUGAUGCCAGGUUUAUGUUUUAAAAAGUUGUUUCAGGGUUUCCUGCUGUGAUGCAUCGCUUUUUGUCUUACUAACACUCUGUAAAUGACGUAAACUUGUAAGAUCACUGAUAAUGGACCAAUUUUGUGAACUGAAAAGUUGCUUUGAAAUGCCCAUGAUUUCCACAAAGACUGUCAAAUAGUGCAAUCUGCUAUUUGAAACAUGAAAGGGAUACAUUUUCUUUUGCAUUAAUGUUUGUCGUCAUGAUUUUUUUAAAUGCCACAUCCUUUUUUCGAACUGUGUGCAGAAUACAGUCAGUUCUUUAUUUUAAAGCAGAGGAUGUGGCGUCCAUCAUCUCCAAAAAGAAUGUCGAACUGUGCAAUCUUUGCUAUUUUAAAUAUUAAAUGCUAUAAACGAUCAUUUUUAUUGUUGCUUUCAAACUGUAGGCGGACGACAGGCAGUCUCUCUUUGUUUUAGAGCUGAGGAUGCAACAUCCAUGAUUUCCAAAAAGAAUGUUAGGCUAUAUAUAGUCAGACUACAGAACAGUUUUUUGACUAUGCUUUUGUCUCCCUUUGAAUGGUACAGUUUAAACUGCGUUAGUGGAUGCAGUAAUAAACUGUAUUCAUAGAAAAGGAAGUGAUCCUUAGUGAGUAAUCUGUAGGAUAAUGUUUAGGGAGCAGGUAGUUAUACAAACUUGAGUCUUGAGAGGGUGAGCAAGACCUUGUCCUGUCUUGAAUACCAUGAGGAUAUGUGUAUAACCACCUGAUCACUAAACAUUAUACUUUACAUAAUCAAUUACCUAUAGUCUCCUCUAUAUAUUAGCAUAACUAACAUGUUUAAGUAGAAUCUCAACAUGCUGAAUGCUACUAAAUCCAAGUUAAUGAUGAUACGAAUGUGCUCGUAUAAAAGAUUAAAAGAAACAAAGGAGAGAAUAAACUUCUAUUGUAAUAAAAUGAAACAGGAACAGCUGAUAGAAUUGAGCCCUUAAGCUUUAUAACCUGGUCUGCUUGGAUCCUCGAACCUUGACCAUGAAGAACAUUGCAGAAAACAAGGCGCUUAUUUCUUUACUCUUUUUUCUCUUUCUUGUGAAGGAUGUGGAUUUGUUCCCCAAAGGUCUUUGUGCAUGUCGGAGCCAACGAAGCCUCCAUAACCAAAUAAGAUUAAGAUCACAAUCUGAGGCAGUGCGACAUUCAGAAGAUAAGACUAAUGAGAGUCAGUGUCCUGCACUCCUAACACUGUUUUGUCUCAUCGUCUGCUGAUUAAAAAACAGGAUAUUUUCUAACACUGCAUGAGAUUUGUUUCCCAUCCUUUCAUGCUCCAUUUUUACUAUCAAGGUAUAAAUUACCUUUGACAUCUUUUGCAUGUUUUAUGGUGAAGUUUGUGUCAGUGAGCAUCUGUUUUAGGGGAUUUUAGGAGGAAAAAGCUCAAUUACUCAACUACUUAGAGAAAUCAUUAAAUUAACCACCAUCCGGAUGUCCUCAAAGGGUUUUAUUUCCCUGCUCAAAUAAAUAUCUCAGGGAUAACACCAUCCCGACAAAGCUAAAAUCUCCCACGAGCCUGACAGACACGGAUUUAAAGCCCUUGUCGUUAUAGAACAUUUUUUCCUGUUUGCUUUAGAUAACAAAUCUUUGGUUGACCCCGAGGGUUAGGGGAGCAUUACAAAUUAAUCCCAGUUUUAAUAAGUCUGUCUUAAGCUUGGGAUCUUUACUCGAAAAGAAAGAAAGAAAAGGGGGGGAGGGAGAGAAGAAAGGGAUCGGCGAGGAAAAGAAAUAUAUUAAACCUUGUGAUCACAGGCAGCUUUUCUUGUUUGUUCUCCCUCCGUUUUACCUUUAAUCCAAUACUUGCUAAUCCAAUUUGUCUUUCAGGCUCCCACCCUAACUUCUUCUCGUCUUCAGAGUCAGUGACUGCUCCAGAACUAUGAAUUCUGGGACAUUUCUGCAAAAAAAUAGUCAAGAAAUUGGCGCAUUUUGGCUGCUCUUGAAAUAUAAGAAAUAAGAGGUUGUUAAGAAGAAGUUGUAGCUCUGUCCUGAAUAUGCAUGAAGAGCCACAAUCAGAUCUCAGGCAGUCACCCACUGAAGGGGAAUAUUGGGGAACACAAAGGGAUUGAUUUAAUUACUUGGAGUGGGCCUGUGCUCUGGAGCCGCCUUGUUAGGAGCAAGUGAAAAGGCUGCCAGUAUCCUUGUGCUAUUUUUGUGAGGAGGGGGGAUGAAGGAGAGUGGGGAGGGGGCGCAGUUGCAGAUGGCGGGGGGUUUCGGAGGUAGCCUAGCUUCUUCAGUCACCAAAACUAAUCCCGAGAAUAAAGCUCUCCUGAUUGAAAGGACCUGCAUUGAUUGCAAAAAAAGGACAUUCUCUGUUUAACGUCAAUCUGGCCAACAUCCAUCCUGUUCAAUCACUUUUUCUCCGUGCAGAAUAUGGUGACGAUCACCUAAUAUGAAAUCUUUCUUUUUAUUUCAAACUUGAAGAUGAGAAUAUUAUCACUUUAAGGUUGUUGUUUUUUUCUCCACCGUAACAUAAACUCUUCACAUCACACAUGCUGGCUUCUGAACAGUGUGCUUUGAACAAGAGGAGAGCCCCCCUUCACAGUCAGCCACCUUGAUGCAGUUUCAAGAAAAAUCCUGGAGUAGCUUCCUGAAUGAUAAGGCUGCGCAUGUCAGGGUGUGGGCAAAACCUUUAAACCACGGGAUCAAAACGUAUUAACAUGUAACAUCUCAAAAAAGCUUUUUGCUUAAUAUUUGUAAAUUAAGCAGUUCAAGUCACCAGCCUUUCCACAAACGGCCUCUUCAAAAUCCCCAUACUAUCAGGGAUUCUGGCUUUUACACUAAGUGCUUCUAACAAGCUAGGUGCUCCCCCUACUCUUGAGUGGACAUAAUGGCAUCAAUGGGUAUGUCAAAAUUUGAUACGACAUACCCCAGGUAUUUCACAUCAGGCCCGCUUCAUUUUAUGGAGGAGGAUGUGGUGUCCUUCAUUUCCAAAAAGAAUGUAAAAACAAUAACAACAAAAAAAUUAUAUCAAGUUUUCCACUUUGUCCCAAUCUAUCUCAAACAGCCUCUGGCCUACAAAAGUCACAGGAACUUCUGGACCACGUCUAUACAAGGUUUUGUCUUCACAUGGUUCAGAUUUUGCCUUCAUCUGUAAAUGAAGAGACACACUGUGUUCACAGACAAUGGUUUGAGCCUAUGCAGUGAUUUCCACUCCAGAGUCAUAUCUGUUUCUAAUCCAGUACUGCCCAAACAUCAUGGCUAUCCAGUCUUGGUUUUGGUCCUUGUCUAUUUUCUACAGAGAUUUUCCCCUAUUCUCUGAAUCUUUAAAUGAUAAUAUGUUCUGUAGAUCAUGAUAAUUUCAUAAUUGACACUCAGGAGCAUUAUUCUGAAACUGUUGAACUGUUAGCUGACGCAGUCUCUCACAGAGUGAUGAACCUCUCCCCAUCUUUCCCCAUCCAAGGGACUUAGCCUCUCUGAAUGUCCUUUUUAUGCUCCAUCCUGUUACUACCCUGUUAGAAAUGAACCUCAUUAGUUGGAGAUUUUCUUCCGGCGAUUACAGAAUUUUUUUGUCCUUGUACUAUUUGUUUUCUGUUGAAAGUGUUGAAUGGGACAGAAAUGCUCUUGAGCAAGAAUCCUUGAGUUUUCAGGAGGUCCCUUUUAUGGUGUUAUUAAUAUAAUUGAGGCCAUUUUCAUUGCAGUAAAAUCCAUAAUACAGUGAUAUAAACUAAUUACAGAUGUGCACACACAUUUUCUUUAUUCAAGCACCAUUAUCAGCAGGUUUCAUCUUCUUACUGCUCUCCUUGUCUUUGUCCGAACACAACGACACAUUCAAGGGUCUUUAGAAGAAAACAAAGCUCUCGAGAUACGUUGAAGGGGGCGUCGAUGUGAGACUCCAAAGCAGAGCUCACCUGAUAGAUCCCUGAGAGGUGUUUUCAUCAAAAGAGCCCCCUUUUCUACCACAUCGACUCAGACAAUAAGCCAAGCAGAGUGGAUUCUUGUGCCUUGUGCUCAACAGGCAGCAGUGACAACGAAGCCCUUAAUCAUCUCAUGACAAAAGCCAAAAGGCAUCAUCCUAUUAAGCAGUCUGCUUUGCCACUAAUAUGAGCUACUGCCCGGGAACCUUUCAUAGAGCGCUGUGCUAUUAAAGUGCCUCUGAGCCAGCCAGCAGGAACCCGGGCCCAUUCACCUUUUAUCUGGGAGCCUGUUGUUUGGCGGCUAUAGUGGAGGCCGGCUCAAUAUGUUAGUGAUCUCAUUACAGUGGUUGUGAGAAACAGCCUCCAAAUUUGAACAUCUUCUCUUCGCUUUCUCUUCCCUCCUUUUUCAAUUCUUCCUGAGCCAAAGGCUUCGCCCUGGCGUGGCUAUAAAUUGAUUAUUACUUCAGAUUCACAAAUAUGCCAUUUCCCUGAAGUUUGCUCAUCCACACCCCCUGUCGGAGUCUCUUUCUUAUCUUUUCUUUUUCGAGGCGGUACACUGAAUGGUCGGCCAGGUUGAAAAGCGAAGAGGCCCCCGGGCGUCACAAAAAACACUCCGAUUUCUCAUUUAGUUGUCUUUAUGCUGCGAGCACCAUGUGGUCCUUGAAGGUGUUGAAAACAUGGGAAGCACCGGAGGGAUCAGAGCAAUCUUAUUAACAUUCGCUCAGAAUUGGAGUGGCCCGGCUGUAUGGCAAGGCCGAGUCCUCUGUUGGGUCCGAGACGGCCGCCUCUGCCGCUGCGCCCUCCGCCUCUUUGUGCUUUUGUGUCCUUUCAAGAUUUUUUUGUCAUGUUGGGCUGCUUUCCUUCGCAGGACGUUGCCAAGAGGAUCAUGGGAAAAAACAAUAUCAUCACUGAUCGGUUCUUUGAUAGCAGCAGGACAACCUUGGGUCGAAUUAGGAAACUCGCACAACCUCCACAAAGUCCUGUCAUAGCUAUUUUAACAGUUUUAAAAUUCUACCAAAGCAAGAUCCAAACUAAAAGUUAACAAGUUACAGGAAGUGUAGUGAUUCUGGGUCCCUUUACAUUUUAGAUGACAUGCUGGGCUGUCCAUGGUUCCCAUGAAUACCGUGAAACAAAUUUAGUGUCAGCACACAACAGUUUUUGGCUCUGCUACGGUCCAUCUUAAACAGGCUUGGUUCCUCUAUAAUUUUAAAGGAAAGGAUGUUUUGUCUAUGAUUUUCAAAAGAGUAAAAAAUUUUGAUUUUCAGACCAAAGAUGGUGGCUCUUCAUUUAAUAGCGUGUCACAUCCAUGUUAUCCAAAAAUAGCAACAAUUGAUUUUUCAGGGUACAUUGUGUUUCAUUCUUUGCUCUAGUCCACCUCAAACAGACUCAGUCCCCAACAUUUGAAAAGAAUGGAUGUGGUAUCCUUGAUUUCCAAAAAGAAUGGCAAAUUAUGACUUCACCAUCCACAGCCAGUUUUCCUUUGUGCUCCAAGCCAUCUCAGACUGCCUUAAUUUCAAACACAAUCUUUCUUUUUGGAGAGAAAGGAUGUGGCAUCCAUGAUUUCCAAAAAGAAUGCCAAAAUAAAUUUUGAUUUGUCAAACCACAGAUAGUUUUCCAACGCCAAAAAUUUUGCAUCCAUUUACCUGAUUAUAGUUUCAUAUUUUUUCUUUCCUCCAGGAAAGGGUUGCCUCAGCUCGGCCUGUUUCCAGCUCCACCCAGCUUCAAAUUGGUGCAGCAUUGCUACCAUUAGGAAACCUCAGACCUUCCCAGAAACAACCACAGCCAUCAAUGUCACCUCCACUGGAGCUUCAUCACCCCCAUUCCUCUUCCUAACCUUCUUCUUGGGAGAUUCGUUGGACUUUUCUGAAUGUUUGAGUUUGAAAAAGUCCAAACUGUUGAUUUUAAAAUGUGUUGUUAACAAUAGAAAAGUGGCCAAACUUGUUCAGUUUUGA